AGUUGCUAAUGGAGUACUCUGGGCCUGUCUGGUCAAGGCAUGGAAUAAGGUCAAUUCUAAUUGUAUCCGUAACUACUUCGCCCAUGUCCCAAAUAUGCCUCCAGAGCACAAGAAACGCUUACAUGAGCUUGGUGUCGUAACACUUGAGGAUGAAGUAACACGCCUUCAAUAGAAGCUCAAACAAAAAUACGCGGACAACAAGGACAUCGUCUCAAAGCAAAAGGACUUUUCCGUCCUCAACUACCUCAGUAUGUGCGACGGUGAUGGACCUUCAGAGUCGAUUCGUGAAGCUGCGUUGAGCAUCAUAAACAGCGAAGAAUCCAAGCACGUUUUCAACCAACAUCAAGAGAGCGACUUUAUUGAGGGGGAUGAAAUCAAUGAUGACGAUGAUUUGGAUGAUGAUUAUGUGGUUCCACCGAAGCGGAAGAUGAACGGAGUCCUUUUUACUCUCCGUUCUCGCGACGUCGCAAGGGUUGAAGAAUAUCCAUCGUCUGAUGCAAGCCCACAGAGAAAGAGGCCGUCUGACAUGUCGGCUAUCUGGCGGACCAUCGAUGAAGCAACGUCCGUGUUCCGUGGGCGCCAUGGCCUCGUAUCUAUCGAAUCUACGCGCGUGCUUUCUCACCUGGCUUCCGAUGCGGAAACCGCUCUGGACCGAAUCCAAUUGCUGGCGCAUAAAGCAGACGAUGAGGAGGUUUUUGAGCAGGAGGAGGUUUUUGAGCAGGAGGAGGAGAGUAGCGAUUUAUAAAUAUAUUUUUGAAUCAAACUGAAUACUAGAAACCACUUCCUCCAUAAGAGAAAAAAUUCCACUAGGCGCUGUACAA